AUGCCACCAUACCUACCUAAAGUUCGCAGAAAUUCACUGCCUACAACAAGUACAACAGGUGACGAUAAUGAAGAUGAUCCUAAUAUAGUAUUACCAGAGACUCAUUAUGCUGAUUUGGCAAAUGAAAUUAUCAGUAAAGCUAACAAAAUGCAAUCAACGCUUCAAGAUUCAACACUAGUUUCUCGUCCUCAUUCUUCAAUGACUUCAACCUGUUCCAAUUCAGACUAUUCAGAGUUUUCCGAUUCUAUGAUAAGUAGAACACGUACACCAUCAGUAUGUAGCUCUGUCCAAAGUCUCAAGCAGCCAAAAAUCUAUGAAUCACUCUCAGAUAUUAGAUCAUUUGAGCUUGGAGGUUCCAAAACCACAGCAAUAACUGAUGCGAUAGUGUACAUGAUCGCAAAAGAUAACAUGCCACUUUCGACAACUGAGAAACCUGGUUUUAUAUACUUUUUGAAUAAAGCAGCGCCAUUAUACAAAAUUCCAUCUAGGAAAACGGUCACCUCACUAAUAAAGAAUAAAUAUGAAGUUUUGUCAUCUCUAGUCAAAUCCAAAUUAUCCGGUAUACAAUUUAUGACUAUAACGGCUGAUAUUUGGACUAAUAUCGUGAACACUACUAGUUAUUUGGAACUGGCUGAUAGCCAUACCUCAGAACAUAUUAGUGAUUGGUUUGAAAAAUUGCUUAAAGAUUGGGGGGUCUCUAAGGAGCAAGUACUAACUGUAGUAACCGAUAAUGUCAUCGCCAGUGAUGAACUAAGAAAAGUAUGCGAGUUUAAGCUAAAGCAAUCAGUGCCUACUAGGUGGAACUCAGUUUAUUAUAUGAUUGAAAUGUUUCUAUUAUGUUCAAACCACAUUGCAUCUAUAUUAAUCACCAACAGUCGUGGACCUUCAAUGCUAUCUGCAACUGAAAUAGACAUAGCUAGGGAAAUAAAUAUUGUACUUAAACCUUUUGAAGUAGUGACAAAAGAGUUAUGUGGGGAAAAAUAUAUCACUGGUAGCACAGUAAUCCCCCUAAUCCAUUGCCUCUUAAAAAAAUGUGAAAAAAUAAAUAUAAAUAACUCUGUUGCAUUACAAUUAAAGUCUGCCCUUUUAGAAAAUUUACAAAGGCGAUUUGGUAGGAUGGAGGAACUUCAAAAUCUUACAAUUUCCACCUUAUUAGACCCUAGGUUUAAAACACUUCAUUUAAAUAACCCACUGGAAACCUCUAAAGCCAUUCGUACAGUUCGUCUUAAAAUUAUAGAUUUAAAAACUAAUUCUAGUGACUCUAAUGUUUCUAAUAAAGACUCUAGUGAUGAUGAUACCGAACGGGCUGAUAGUUUGUGGUCUUUUCAUAAUGAAUUGGUCUCAAAAAAAGCCUCGGAAAAUUCUGAAGACAACAAUGAGCGUAUGCCAACUGAUUUAAAACAUUUCUUAAACCAACCAACAAUAUCCUUAAAUGAAAAUAUAAUUAAAUUUUGGAAUGUACAUAAAACAAUGUAUCCUCACAUUGCUAAAGUAGCUGAGCCUUAUUUGUCAAUAGUGGCUACAUCAGUUCCUUCUGAGAGAUUAUUCUCCAAAGCAGGUAAUAUUAUGAGCGCAAAACGAAAUAGAUUGAAGGGUGAAAAAUUGCAGCAUCUUUUAUUCCUAAGUUCACUGAAUUUAGAUGACUGGCAUUUAAAAUGA